AUGCUAACUGCCUAUUCUCGACCAACAGGUGAUUACUGCGAUGUCUACCUCACGCACGACUCGAUGAGCGUGCGCAAGGCGCACAAUGCCGGACGAAAUCAUUUGAGAAACGUGCUGGAGUACUAUCAGCAAAUCGGGCAUGAAAAGGCGCAGUCGGUCAUCGACUCGAUUACAAACUCGUACGCCGCAGAAGGCCAGGCUGCCGCAAAUCCUAUGUUGCAGCAAGGUGCACCCGGCUCAUACCUGCCUCCGCCUCCGUAUGGAUUUCCAGGACGGCCUGGACAGAUGCCCCCUCCACCUUUUGGUUUCCCUCCUGGUGCACCUCCGCCUCCGGGUGGCGUUCCUCCUCCUGGAGGCCGAGGCAUGCCAUUCCCUCCCCCUUUCCCACCACCAUCUUCAUCGACCAGCGGAGCUCCCGCAACAACAACGUCAACAAGCCUCCCGCCACCUCCUCUUCCUAACAUGCCGCCGGGUAGCCUCCCCUUCCCUCCUCCACCUGGUGGCUUCCCACCAAACUUCCAAGCUCCCCCUCCCGGCGCACCCGGGUUCCCGCCCGCUCCAGGCCAACAGCAGGGAGGGGCUCCCGGUACAAGCUCAGCUCCUCCCGGCGCGCCUGGCACGACGAGCUCCGCGCCUCCCAGCGGUCCCCCGGGACAAACAUCGUCAUACUCUCCUCCAGGCACAGCGCCGCCACCAGGGGUUUCCGGUCCUCCUCCGGAUACUCCUUACGUGUUAGCAGAACAGCAUUGCAAUAAGAAUUCGAAAGAAAUGAAAAUAGAAAGCAUCUAUGUUAUGAUUCGUGUACGAUCGAUCCAUUUUGACAGCAACGAUUUCAUUCAUACAGAUUCAGUUCAGCAACCUAUUACUUCUUACUUGACUGAUUUCCAGUACAAAACAAAUACAAACAAAAGAAAAGAACAAAAAGCAAAGCCAAAACCAAAGCCAAAAAAAACCCAGUUCGCCGUUUUCCAGACAGAGACAAAGAAAAAAAAUACGAUCUUCCGGGAAAGUCUCGUCUGUGCCCUGUCUCCACCAUGUGUUAGAUAG